UUCAGGCAGGCAGGCAGGCAGUCACUUUACCACCACUAGGCACCGGCGCUAGCAGCAGGCAGCGCCCCGGCCCAGCACUAGUAUAAAAUAUACUACUCUGCUGCUCCGCCACCACCGCGCCGCGGCAGCCCAAGCCGUCCUCAUCCUCCUCGGUCCUCAGAUCUCAUCGCGGCGCUCCUCCCCGCCUCCACACACGUCGUCGUCGCCGCCGUCCAUGGAGCUCGACGCCGAGGCGCGCCGCGGGUUCGCCAGGAUGGGCUUCGGGUGCAAGCACUACCGGAGGCGGUGCCGGAUCCGCGCGCCCUGCUGCGGCGACGUCUUCCACUGCCGCCAUUGCCACAACGAAUCCACGAAAGACGGGCACGAGCUGGAUCGGCACGCCGUCCAAUCGGUCAUCUGCCUCGUCUGUGACACCGAGCAGCCGAUCGCGCAGGUGUGCUGCAACUGCGGCGUCUGCAUGGGGGAGUACUUCUGCAGAAAGUGCAACUUCUUGGACGAUGACGUUGACAAGGAGCAGUUCCAUUGCGACGAUUGCGGCAUCUGCAGAGUCGGUGGAAAGGACAACUUCUUCCACUGCCAAAAGUGUGGAUCCUGCUACUCGACGACCCUGCGCGACAAGCACUGCUGCAUCGAGAACUCGAUGAAGAACAACUGCCCCAUCUGCUACGAGUACAUGUUUGAUUCGCUGAGGGAGACGUCGGUGCUCCGGUGUGGCCACACCAUGCACCUCCACUGCUUCCACGAGAUGUUGAAGCACGACAAGUUCUCGUGUCCCAUAUGCGCGACGUCCAUCUUUGACAUGGACAAGUUCUUCAAGGCCCUGGACGCAGAGAUGGAGGCAAGCUACUUCUACAUGGGAAAGGUAUAUAUGACAGAUCUGACGGCUCUAUAUACAUGGACAUGCUCAAGAUGCAAUGACUUGACUCGAGGCUUUGAGAUGACUUGUAUAAUUGUUGAUGUCCAGAAUUGCUUGCAGGCAUUCAUCGGUGUUGAUCACAAUCUCAAUGCUAUCAUUGUUUCAAUCAGGGGAACUCAAGAGAACAGUGUACAGAAUUGGAUUAAGGACAUAAUAUGGAAGCAGGUUAAUCUUAAUGAUCCAAACAUGCCCAAUGCUAAGGUCCACUUUGGGUUUUACUCUUCUUACAAUAAUACAGUUUUACGUUCAGCCAUCACGAAUGCUGUUCGCAAGGCAAGGAAGCUACAUGGACAUAGUGACAUAAUUGUAACAGGGCAUUCGAUGGGUGGAGCAAUAGCUUCUUUUUGUGCGCUUGAUCUUGCCAUGAGCUUUGGCAGUAACAAUGUUCAUCUGAUGACUUUUGGGCAACCACGCGUUGGCAAUGCUGCUUUUGCCUCCUACUUCGCUAAGUAUGUGCCAAACACAAUGCGAAUGACACAUGAACAUGAUAUUGUACCUCAUCUGCCACCUUAUUACUUCUUCCUCCCAAAACUGACGUACAAGCACUUCCCCAGAGAGGUGUGGGAACACGAAGUCGAUGGCAACACAACCUAUCAAGUCUGCGAUGGCAGUGGUGAAGACCCAAAUUGUUCCAGGAGCGUGUUUGUGCUGCUCUGGAGCGCUUCUGACCACUUGACCUACAUGGGAGUUGAGAUAGCGGCCGACGACUGGAGCACCUGCAGGAUCGUCCUGGGGCGAAGCGUCGAGCAGCUCAAAGGGAGCCUUGCCAGCGACAUUGUGAUGUCCGGACUGUCCGUCGAAGUUGUCAUCGCGGAUGAUAGCGUGCAAGUUGAGUGACGCGGUUCAGAGUAGUCGUUCGUAGUGAUGAAUUUAUAGGAGGCUGUGGCAUAUGCUUCAAGAGCAAACGGAAGGCUUUUUCCUCUUCCUUUUUGUUCUUUGGUUCUUUCAGGCAUCUGUGUAGCUUGAGUGAGAUGUACAGAAGCUGGCACGUUCCUUGGCUUCAUACUGUAUAUAUUACAAGGAUUGAUUUUUUUUUUACAGGAACAAGGAUCAUGCAUGUGUGUUUUGGCCCUCGUAAAAAAAAUUGUGCGUUUUGCA